AACGACACAUUGUUCAUCAUUAUCAUCUCUAUCCUUCCAAUCAGAGAUAUAAAUCGGUUCGUGAUGGCCCAAAAUGUUGAAGCAAAAGGUGGGAAGGGAGGCAAUGUGUGGGAUGAUGGAGCUGACCAUGACAAUGUAACAAAGAUUAAUGUAAGAGGUGGUCCUGAAGGCAUUCAAUAUGUCCAGUUUGAUUAUGUCAAGAGUGGUCAAUUCAAAACUGGAUCAGUUCAUGGUCUCUCGGGUAGAGGAUUUACGCAAACGUUUGAGAUCAUUUCAAACAAUGAAUAUUUGGUAUCGGUAGAGGGUUAUUAUGAUGACAGUACAGGUGUGAUUCAAGCACUUAAAUUCAUAACCAACAUGAAGACCUCUGAGAUGAUGGGAUAUGAUGACAAGGGUAUUAAGUUUUCACUUGAAGUAAAAGGAAAAAAAAUAAUUGGGUUUCAUGGAUCGGCUGAGACUAAUCUAAACUCUCUUGGAGCUUAUUUCACAAAGGCUCCUCCAACUAAAUUAGACUACCAAGGUGGUUCUGGAGGUAGCCUUUGGGAUGACGGUCCUAAUUACAACGGCGUGAAAAAGGUUUCCUUCACAUUAGGUAAUGGUGAGAUCAGGCAAAUCAAGCUCGAUUAUGACAAUGGUGGCUUAGUGGAAACACGGGAGCACGGAGAGAACCAAGGACAACAAGUGGAGUUUGUUGUUGACUAUCCAACUGAAUACAUCAUAGCUUUGGAGGGUACCUGCGACAUUGUAAGUAAUCCUACUCAAAACCGUGUUAGAUCGCUGACUAUCAAGACAUCAAAAGGGAGAACCUCUCCGAUCUUUGGAAAAGUUGCUGCUCACGAAUUCGUUCUUGAAAGUAACAGUAACGCUCUUAUCGGGUUCCAUGGACGAGCUGCUGGUGCUUUAGAUGCCAUUGGAGCAUAUUUCUCUAUUCCUUCUCCUCCUCCUGCCAAAUUGGACUACCAAGGCGGUUCUGGAGGUACCUUCUGGGAUGACGGUUAUAAUCACGAUGGUGUGAGAAAGGUAGCAUUUACAUUAGGUAAUGGUGAAAUAAGGCAAAUCAGGAUCGAUUAUCACAAAAACGGUUCAGUGGAAAGGCGGGAGCACGGGGAGAACCAAGGACGACAAGAAGAGUUUGUGGUCGACUAUCCAACUGAAUACAUUAUAGCUGUGGAGGGUACUUGCGAUAUUGUAAGCAAUCCUACUCAAAACCGUGUUAGGUCGUUGACUAUCAAAACAUCGAAUGGGAGAACCUCUCCAAUCUUUGGGAACGUUGCUGCUAGUAAGUUUGUGCUGCAGAGCAAUGGAAGUCCUCUAAUCGGGUUCCAUGGACGGGCUGCUGGUGCUUUAGAUGCCAUCGGAGCAUACUUCUCUGGACUGACUCCUCCUCCUCCUGCCGAAAAACUACAAGCAAAAGGUGGAGAAGGAGGAGAUCCAUGGAACGAUGGUGUUUUUGAUGCUGUGAGGAAGAUAUAUGUAGGGCAGGGUGAAAAUGGUAUCACAGCCGUCAAGUUUGUAUACGACAAGGACUCUCAGGUGGUUGAGGGGGAUGAUCAUGGGAAGACAACACUUCUUGGCUAUGAAGAGUUCAAUCUAGAAUAUCCAAGUGAAUACAUCACCGCCGUAGAAGGUUGUUAUGACAAAGUAUAUGGAAGUGAAGGUGGAGCUAUAACCAUGCUUAAGUUCAAGACCAACCAACGAACCUCUCCAUCCUUCGGAAUCGAAUCGGCAUCAAGCUUCAUCAUCGAAAAGAAAGGUUACAAGAUCGUUGGUUUCCAUGGAAACACUAGUCACGAGCUUCACCAGCUUGGUGUCUACGUCCUGCCCAUCACCCAGUGAUCUUUGCUUGCUCUUAUAUGAGUUACGUUGACCAAGUUCAAGUGUUCCCUGACCAAGUUUGAUAACGUGGUUGCUUUAAUUAUCUCGUAUGUUUUUUUUUGCUUGGUUUGUUUAAAUGUUUUCAUGUUGCUUUUUUUAAUGCGUACUGUCUCCUGUGUCGUUUGGCAUGUCUUCAGAUUUCAACUUUUCAUUUAGAAAAAAGGUUUGGAUAAUUUUCUAUCAUCA